UAGGUGAGAUGGCUCUUAAAGGAGCCCGCACCAAUCCACUCGGCCAACAUGCAAAGUUUGCAAACCUCUAAAACCGCCACUUGUACUUUGCUACUAUUACAUGCAGCAUGCAACAUAAUAGUAGAACUCUCUUUUAAAUAAGAAAGAAAGAAAACACAUAAACUCCCUUGGAAAUGCAACACAACCAAGCUGUGAAAAAGAAAUACACUAACCCCAAGUCUCUAAUGGCUCUCUCAUCAGAUCAAUCAUCCAUCACCAACGGAGAACAAGAAGCCUCAGUCAACCUAGAAUUCGAGAACUUUCACCCACUGACCCCUCACAUAUCCAUGAUUUCUCUACCUCAAUAUCCCGAACCUGUGCCAUUCAUAAGCAUACCGAUUCAUCCCCAGACUCUGAUAUGGGACACUCAGACUCAGAGGAGGAACAACAGCUUUCAAGCACCACCAUCUCCUCCAUCUCGCCAAUAUCCAUCCAGGAACACAAUGGGCUAUAUUCCAGUCCGAGUUGGAAACCUCCAUCGUCUCAUGCAACUUCCGGUAUAUAUGGGGACAUCAGAGAAUUGGGAGCCAGAACCACCACCACCACCACCACCACCCACCCAGACUCUUCCUCUGUCCGAAGCCCUUCCCUACUUUCAAAAUCUUGGGCAGCAGGAUCCUAAUGGAGCGAGAAUGGACCGUUUGUCCCGUUCGUCCUCGGCCCGACUGUGAAGCUAAUGGGUGUGCCGAUGAUGUACUGGCAAAGAGGGGGAGACCAACCUAGCGGAGUACAAGAACAUGACCACUUUCCAUCUUUUGUUAUCAAAGUUAUGUAUGGGGAUUACCAGGGAAUGUCCCAUGAACUAACCACUUUUGUAUGUACUCACUAUAAUUAAAUAAAUAACAUGCUCCCUUUCUACCAAGAAA